UUCGUGUACGAGUGAAUACGAACACUACGAAUGGGGAAGUGCGAUUACCCGGCGUUCAUUCUCGAAUCUCGAUUGAUAUUGAAGAAGUGAUUGUCAGGCUAAAGCAACGUGUUAUUAUCCUGUGAUUCUUGUGGAAAAAAUUAAAGAUCAUUAAGUUUAGAGUUGAAUUAAUUGAAAAUUAUACAUCAUAAUGGCUGCUAUGUCCGUCAUUGGUAUUGAUUUCGGUAACGAAUCCUGUUAUAUUGCUGUUGCAAAAGCAGGUGGUAUCGAGACAAUAGCUAAUGACUACAGUCUUCGGGGUACUCCAUCAUGUGUCGCCUUCUCGCCAAAGAAUCGCAUAUUAGGAGUAGCUGCAAAAAAUCAAAUGGUUACAAAUAUGAAGAAUACUGUAUUUGGAUUCAAGAGACUUCUAGGAAGAAAGUUUUCUGAUCCCUUUGUUCAGAAAGAGUUAAAACAUUUCCCAUUUAAAGUAGAACAACGUUCAGAUGGUGGAAUUGGCAUUAGAAUAAAUUACCUUGGUGAAGAUAAUGUUUUCAGCCCAGAACAGAUAACUGCAAUGCUGUUUACAAAAUUGAAGGAUAUUGCCACCACAGCAUUGCAAACUCAAAUUAAUGACUGUGUCAUAUCGGUACCUAGCUACUUUACCAAUGCUGAAAGAAAUGCCCUCUUGGAUGCUGCUGCUAUUUCAGGACUCAAUGUGCUACGUCUUAUGAAUGAAACUACUGCUACUGCCCUCUCAUACGGUAUAUAUAAACAAGAUUUACCAACUCCUGAGGAGAAACCGAGAAAUGUAGUGUUUGUCGACUUUGGUCAUAGCUCCCUACAGGUUUCAGCAUGUGCCUUCAAUAAGGGUAAAUUGCGUGUGUUGGCUACUGCAUCAGAUCCUCAGUGCGGUGGACGCGAUAUAGACAUGGGCAUGGCUGAAUAUUUCGCUCAAGAUUUUCUUACGCGAUUUAAAUUGGAUGCCAGGAAAAACCAAAGAGCUUAUCUUCGACUUAUGCAGGAAGUUGAAAAACUGAAAAAACAGAUGUCAGCUAAUAGCACUCGAUUACCACUGAAUAUUGAGUGUUUCAUGGAAGAACGGGACGUUUCUGGAGAUAUGCAACGUGCACAAAUGGAACAAAUUAGUGCUGAAACUUUCACGCGUGCUGAAAGAACAAUGCGGGCUCUACUCCACAAUGCAAAAUUGAGACCGGAAGACAUCUACUCGGUGGAGAUUGUUGGUGGUUCUACUAGAAUACCUGCUGUGAAAGGUCUGAUUGAGCAAGUAUUUGGAAAACAAGCAUCAACCACCCUAAACCAGGAUGAGGCGGUGUCGCGCGGGUGCGCGUUGCAAUGCGCUAUGCUAUCACCGGCGGUUCGCGUGCGUGAAUUCUCCGUAACUGACGCACAACCCUACGCUGUUCGUCUCGCCUGGGAUGCUGCGCGUGGAGAAGACACCGACAUGGAGGUGUUCCCUGCUUUCCAUCCUGCACCAUUCUCGAAAAUGUUAACAUUCUACAGAAAAGAACCAUUCACAGUGAGUGCUUAUUACUCGGAUCAAGUGCCCUUCCCGGAUUCUUUCAUUGGGCAGUGGCAUAUCAAGGAUGUUCAACCAACAUCAGAGGGCGAAUCACAAAAAGUCAAACUUAAAGUGCGUGUGAAUAUUCAUGGGAUAAUAACUGUCGCAUCAGCCUCGUUGGUUGAAAAGAAGCAAGAUGCAUCCCAACCUGAGAAUAUUGAGAUGGAGAAUGCUAACGAGAACGCGCAAAACAAUCAGGAGGCCCCCAUGGAAACUAAUGGCAGUCCUCAAGAGCAGCAACAAAACGGACCCGAGUCCCAAGAGGUGAGAGAAGAUGAAAUGAAGGGAGAGCCGCAACAAAAACAGUCGUGGACACAGAAAGUAGGCCAGUGGUUCAGCGGGGAUAAUGCUGAUGAUAAAAAGGACAAAUCAAAAGAAAAGGCAAAGAAAGUUCUUGUGAAAACAAUUGAAUUGCCAAUUGAUGCUAGAACUCAUGGAUUCUCCCAGCAGGAGCUCAAUACGUACAUGGAACAAGAGGGCAAAAUGCAAGCUCAAGAUAGACAAGAAAAGGAGCGCGCUGAUGCGCGAAAUGCUCUAGAAGAGUAUGUGUAUGAAUUGCGUGGCAAACUCUCUGAGGGCGAUUCUCUACAUGAUUUUGUUGCUGAGGACCAACGCAAUCGACUUGUCAAUGAACUGGACGCUUUGGAAUCGUGGCUUUACGAUGAGGGUGAAGAUCAGAAUAGACAGGUAUACAGUGACAAGUUGACAGAAUUAAAAACGGAAGGUGAACCCAUAAAACAACGGAGAUUAGAAUUUGAGCUUCGCCCUGGAGCUCUAGAUGAUUUUGCAUUAGCUAUUCAGUUAGCUAACAAAGCUAUUGAUUUAUACAAAGGUGGAGAUGCAAAAUAUUCUCAUUUAUCUGAAGCUGAUAUACAGAAAGUUGUGGAUGCUUCUAAGAGCGCGCUGAACUGGCUCGAAAGCGCACGCCAAACCCUUGCUCACACGCCGCGUUACCAGGCGCCAACUCACACUACACAUCAAAUUCGUCAAGAACGACAGAACUUUGAGAACAUAGUAAAUCCUAUCCUGAAUAAACCGAAACCUAAAGAAAAAACGCCUCCACCUACCAACCCGACGGGGGGUGACGGGCAGCCGGCCGCCGCCAGUGAAUCGCAGCCCAGCGAAAUGGACGUCGAGUAAACGUCCUCCACAACCGCCGCCUCUCGUCACUUUGUACCAUAAUACUAAAUAAUUACUAUAGUUUGACUUUUAAUUCAAUGUAGUAACACGAUUUAAUAUGUAGUGUACAAUUACUUCGUAUGCUCAUAUUACGUUUUGUACUUUUAUUACAUUCAAUUAAAAGUCGCACAUUUAGACGCAAUCAAUUUUCACAAACUGAUGUCACUGCACAUUGUCACUGAAAUGUUUAUGCCAUUUAAUGUGUUGAAUUUAAAUUAAUCUGUGUUCUGUGUGCUGUUAACUCACUAUGUGAUUGUGCUGGUGUGGGAUGCGUUAUUAUUUAGUUUUAUGUGUGUACCGAGUAGGUUCAUUUCAGUAUGAGUGGUGGGCUAAAUGAUAGUUAAUAUUUAUUUUUAAUUCAAACGACAGUAUAGCUGAAUAUGGUUUCUGUUAAUAAGAUUAAGGUUUAUAGAGUAUACCUUAAUCCUAUGUUACUUAUCACCUCUGUUAUUGAAGUUUCAAUAAUGACUCACUUAAUUAGAUCAUUAAUGGAAUAAUAAACACGCAUUUCUAAUUUGACACUGAAAAGUAUUAACAUAUUUUUGUUAUUUUUUAUAUACCUGGUGCAUUUUCUGCUUUUUGCAGAUUCCCUAUUAUGUGAUAUAAUAAAAAUGAAUUAAUUUAGUCACGAAUAAUAAAUUUAGCAAAUAAAAUACUUUUACUUUCAAAAUAUUACUCACUAGUGCUGUUUUCUUACAAUUCGUUAGGAUUGUUUUGUAUUGAUUGAUUUAUAAUAUCUACUUACUCUUUAAUGUUUGGAUGCAAUAUAUCAUGCUAUAUAACAGAAUCGAACGAAUACGUAGGAAUAAACACUACUCGAAGUCUGGUACUGAGCACAUCAUUGAUUGAGUGCAGAACAAAUAUAUAUAUGUACGUAUUUCUAAAAUGAUUCGAGAAACCAAUAUUUUAUUUUUUAUAAUCAGUAACAUGAUAAAUUGUGAAUUGCUCGAUACAUCUAUAUUUCAGUUGUAUCAAAUAUACAAUGAUACCAUUCCAAAAAACGUAUUCACAUUUCGCAUUGCGUGUGUGCAAUGAUUUUAAUCUGUUAUUUUGUGUUAUGACAUCAAUAUUAUUAUUAUGAAAUGUAUAAUUACAACAAAUUGAUUUAGAGUAUCACGUGAUUCGCUUGACCGAGUCCGAUGUGUAUGUACCAGUUUUUAAGUUGGACUAAUACUUGUUAACUAAACAAUUCGUUUUACCAUUUCUUCGUGAAGAUUAAACAAACAGAUAAUCAUAAAUUUUAGAGAUAUCGGAUUAGGAUACCGUUGCUUAUUUAUUAGACAUUAUUUAAAUAUUCAAUGUUCAGCUCAGGUAGGCCAAGAUAUUUUUUCUUCUGGCCUAUAAGUCAGAUAUUCCUUGGCCGGGUGGAUACAAUUUUUAUAAGGGGGGAGUAAAUAAUAGGAUCUGUCUUAUAUAUAUGUAUAUCACAACAGCAGAUGUUAAAAUAUUUAAUUUAUAUACAAUAGCGCAAUAACGUCUCUAAUAUUAUAUUAAAAAUAUAGAAUUGAACUAGUCAGUGCAUUUGUCACGGUCGAGUCAAGUUCACGUUGAUCACAUGUAUGUUACAAAUUGCUUAAAAUUGUAUUCAAAUUAAGCUUCAUAAACUAUUUAGUGGUGAUUAAAACUCAAAAGAUAAUUCAUUGCGAGGAAAUUUUAAAUCGGACAUAUUUACAAUUGGUCAUAUAAGUUAUAGUGUACACAUGUACGUAAAUGUACAUUUUGAAGGGGUAGAUUUAUUUUUGUUUCAAAAAGUACCUAUAAUUUUCACUUCAUAGUGACAUGAAGCAAAUCCAUGAAAUAUUAUUUCACAGCUGUUUCUUUUUGGCCUCUGUUGUAUAUUUCAAGAUAUGGUUCAACCAAUGCUAUGUUUGUGCAUUUUUAAUGUUAAAAGCUUAGUAAAACGAAUUAUUUAACAACAAGUAUAUUAUUUUUCCCCCUUCACAAAUUCUAAAUCGCUACCAUCCACGAUACCGUCAGUUUCCUUAUCGUAUUAUCUUCACUCAGUGAUAAUGUAUUGGUUACAUCAAAUUGAUCUCAUAUAAAUCUAAACGCUGAAACCGUCUAGAUAUUAAAAUGAAAGGGACUGUUAACACGUUCCUAAUCUCAACAAUAAUAAGAGACAUAGACGUAAGAGAGGUUCGGAAAAGAAGCGCGUCUUCCCGAAUACAGGAAAUUUAUAUUUUUAACCCAAAGUUUUGGAAAGCAAGUCAAAAUCUCAUGAUAAAUAGUUACUGUUGGCUAUAGGCGCUUGAAGUAACAGGGGUUUCAUGUGUGGGUCAUCGUUUUCAAAUCAUCCAAAUACGCAUUAAAAUAGAAGUACAAAAUUUCAUCUUAAUCGGUCCAGCCAUUAAUAAUAUAAUAACCCCGGACAAUCAACGCAGCCCGUUAGCAGAGUUUGUAUUACAAGCAGGUACUAGACAACUGAUAUAUAUUUUAAAUACAUAAUAUACACAGAAAACAGACCGAUAGAAACAAUGUAAAUGUUGCACCGUGCGUGUUAUUAAACCCGCGACCACCGGAAGUAAGGCGAUAUUCUAAAUCACUAGACCACCAGAGCCGUCAAUAAUAUGAAUAUAUUAUAUUUUUUUUAAAAACGUAAUUACUAUCAGACCACCACGGUAAGUAUACUGCACUGUGCACUGUAGCAUGGCUGGGGUGACAGUUACUAAUUUUACAUUUCACAAUUGCUACAUUUAAGUUAAUACAAUUAUUAAUGAUUUAAUAUACAUAUUAAGAAUGUGGUACAGCUGAAAUACUAAGUAAUAAUUUGUAAAUCGCAGCAACUUUUAGGAGUGAAACGAAACUGUCACUAGCACCAUGCGACAGCGGACAUGGUAUAAGGUAUUUUGAUUCUGUAUGGUACAUUCAUAAAUGCCUAUUGUAGCUAUAUUUCAAUGCUUGCGUCAACUAAUUUAUAACUAACUACAUAAAUAAAUUCGAAGUAUAACGGUUUACCAACUUUGAUCCGUGAAAGGCAAUGAGAUAAAUUCUGACAGACGCUGAAAACUCAUUCUUAUAUUUCUAACUCUCCGUUUAUGUAAACGCCGAUAACAAGCUAAAUUUAUUGAAAAAAGCGUAAGCACCUAUCACGUUGGAAUCUAAUAUACCUAACGAAAUGUCGGUGAAAACUUGAUAUCGGUGAAUGCUGUCUGUAGAGUCCGAGGAACUGAGUGGAAGUUCAUUUCC